GUCCGCCCUGAGCCAGCGACACGUUCACAUUUAUGCGUAGUUUUUUACGUAAACUAAAGUGCCUUGAUAAAGCAAUAUUUUAAACUUAUAAGUGCUGUGUUUUACAUAUUCAAUUACAAUAAUUAUUUGAAAGUGUGAUUUUUUGUGUUUGAUAGUGUGACAUUGCUAGGUCGCGUGUACUGAAAUUAAUUGGAUCAGUUUGGCUGAAGUUUAAUCAGUUUAGUCGGCACUGGCGCCGGCGCCCGCGCAGCAGCCGCACCGAGGUCGUGUAUGCGAUGCGAUGCGCGACAAAAUUGCCGAUCUCCUUAGCAAAUCUGUACGCGCGCCAGCGCAUACGGCCAAUACGGAAAAAUUGCAGAAUGGCAGUGAUUCUCCUAUUUUCUUCUCAGAUGAAGGGAGCGCACGCGAAGGCGGAUUGGUAUGGCGCGGGUGUUCCGCCGGCUGCGACGCCGAAGACGGCACGACGGGAACUCUCACCGACGGAAACGCCAACCCAGGAGACAAGUUGGAGGGGUCGGACGCAGCUCCGGACGACCCUGUUCACCUCAAGAGACGGGUGGGACUCUUCAGUGGGGUGGCUCUAAUCGUCGGAACUAUGAUUGGAUCUGGUAUAUUCGUCUCGCCCUCUGGGCUUCUGGAGCGCACUGGCUCAGUGGGCAUAAGCUUCAUAAUAUGGAUGUCUUGUGGCCUACUCUCAUUGCUUGGAGCGCUCGCAUAUGCUGAAUUGGGGACAAUGAACACGUCAUCCGGUGCUGAGUAUGCAUAUUUUAUGGACGCAUUUGGAGGGCCACCCGCAUUUUUGUUUUCAUGGGUAUCCACACUGGUUCUGAAGCCCUCGCAAAUGGCGAUUAUUUGCCUUAGUUUUGCGAAAUAUGCGGUAGAGCCGUUCGUCUCAGAAUGCGAACCCCCGGACACACUAGUAAAACUUGUGGCUGUCAUUGCUAUUGUGAUGAUAUUGGCUGUAAACUGCUAUAGCGUGAACUUAGCGACAAAUGUGCAAAACAUCUUUACAGCAGCGAAGUUAGUGGCCAUAGCCAUUAUCGUUUGUGGAGGAGCUUACAAACUCAUACAAGGUAAUACGCGACAUUUACAGGAGCCCAACUUCGCCAGUAGUACGGCGACUCUGGGCAACAUUGCCACCGCAUUCUACACCGGCCUUUGGGCCUAUGACGGUUGGAACAAUCUCAACUAUGUUACUGAAGAAAUUAAAAACCCAUCCAAAAACCUACCGUUGAGCAUCAUAAUCGGUAUCCCAUUGGUUACAUUAUGCUACGCACUUGUAAAUGUAUCAUACUUGGCCGUGAUGUCGGUCAGUGAAAUGACGGAUAGUGAGGCCGUAGCAGUUACUUUCGGCAAUCGACUGCUGGGCCCUAUGGCUUGGCUCAUGCCUUUGGCCGUUACAAUAUCCACUUUUGGCUCGGCAAACGGCACUUUGUUUGUGGCAGGAAGGUUGUGUUUCGCAGCAUCCCGUGAAGGUCAUCUAUUAGAUAUACUAUCGUAUGUGCAUGUGCGUCGCUUUACACCCGCGCCUGGACUGAUUUUUCAUUCUUUGAUUGCGGUCGCAAUGGUGCUAUAUGGUACCAUAGACUCUCUGAUUGACUUCUUCUCAUUCACUGCGUGGAUAUUCUACGGAGGUGCUAUGUUGGCACUUAUCGUUAUGAGGAAGACAAAACCACAUGCGCCCAGGCCUUACAAGGUGCCAAUUAUUAUCCCAUACAUCGUACUAAUAGUAUCAACAUACCUCGUGGUAGCCCCAAUCAUAGACAAACCGCAAUGGGAGUAUCUGUAUGCGACAGGAUUUAUCUUUGGCGGUCUACUUGUUUAUAUCCCCUUUGUGAAAUGGGGGUACUCUCUGCCAUUUAUGGACAAGAUAACGGUGUUUCUGCAGAUGGUAUUGGAAGUAGUGCCGACAUCGACAACUUUCGAAUACUAGGCAGUCUAAGCCAGACGUUAAAAAGGCGUUAUAUUUACAAGAUUUUAUUUUUGCAAAAUCCCACUACACAAGUGGAUAAUAAAGAGCUCAAAAUAUCCACCAAAUAUAAAACAAAGGUUCAUUUUUAAUAUUUUUGACUGAUAAGUAUUUGUUCCUUUAUAGUAUUUUCGAAAAUUUACGUAUUAAAAUAUUUUAUAAUAUUGUUGAUUUUAUAAAAAUAUUGCUCUCAUGUUGUUUUAGUUGUUCAAAUUUAACUAUUGUAAACUUGUUAAGCUUCAAAAGUAAGAUUUUAUCUAUAAGCAUUGAUCAAUUCAUUAGUUUGCACGAAUCAUUCCUGAGAGGUCAUACAAAAACAGGGUUUAAAAUUAAAGCAUCGAAGAUCUAUAUUCUUGUAAUAUGUGUAAAAAUGUAUUAUUAACUUUUCUCUGCGAAAGUUCGAAGGGACUCUGAUAUUACUAUCAGGUCCUCGAAUUUAUUGGAUAAAUAUCGCAUUUAUAAAACGGCCCGUAUAGUAUUUUUUUAUGAGAGAGGAUGAAGUCCUUCUCCAAAUUGCAUCAAUUAAAAAAAUUCAAGUGAAUUACGAUUUGAAAAGUUUUAGAAAAUUAUUUAAACUUGUGACGUAUUCAGUUACCACAGAUGGUCUUAAUUGAGAACUUGGAAUUUAGUAGAGAAAAUGUUAAUGCAGGGGUGUAAACCAGAUCAGUGGUCGCAUCUAUUUAUGUAUUUUAAAGCC